AUGAUUGCUGCAUUUAAUGUAUGGCUCCAAGUACCUCAAGACGAGCUACUUGCCAUCACCAAAGUGAUCGGCAUGCUCCACAGUGCCAGCUUGCUCAUCGAUGAUGUUGAAGAUGACUCGGUGUUGCGUCGUGGUGUUCCUGCAGCCCAUCAUUUGUUUGGUUUGCCACAAACCAUCAAUUGUGCUAAUUACGUCUACUUUUUGGCACUCGACGAGAUCAUCAAGCUCAAGAAUCCGGAAAUGGUCAAGAUCUACACAGAGGAGCUCGUCAAUCUUCAUCGUGGUCAAGGCAUGGAACUUUAUUGGCGUGACACAGCUACAUGUCCUACAGAGGAAGAAUUUAUCGAGAUGGUGGACAAUAAAACGGGUGGUUUGCUCCGCUUGGCCGUGAAACUUAUGCAAGCUGCCAGCACAUCCAAACAGGAUUACACUGGUUUGGUGAGCAAGAUCGGUAUCCAUUUUCAAGUGCGUGAUGAUUAUAUGAAUCUCCAAUCACAGCAGUAUGCUGACAACAAGGGCUUUUGUGAAGACUUGACCGAAGGCAAAUUCUCAUUCCCAAUCAUCCACUCGAUUCGCAGCGAUCCUAACAACCGCCAGCUGCUUAACAUUCUUAAGAAACGCAGCGAUUCAUUGGAGAUCAAACAGUAUGCUUUACAACUCCUUGAGCGAACGGGCACGUUUGACUAUUGUCGCAAGUUUUUGGCCAACAUCGAAGUCGAGGCACGUAAAGAAAUUGAGCAACUUGGUGGCAAUUCCAAAUUAGAAAAGAUCAUGGAUAUGCUGAGCAUCCCUGUUUGA